AUGACAGAGGAAGCACAGCAAAAGAUUCGCAAUUUGAUUGAGAUGGUCAUGGGGUAUGUGGUCGAACCGCAGCCGCUUUCGGUCCCCGCUGUCCCAGAGACGUUGGACGCCUUGGUCGAACAGUUGAACUCGAGCUUGACCCUGAAUGGUACCGAUAAUGUACCUUCACAAGAGCAGCAGGAACAGCAUGACGAAGAAAACUGGGAUGGGGAAGCAUUUGGCGUUCGUCUUGCCGGCCUCGGAAAGCUCCUCUCGAACGAUGUGACCAAGGCAACACUAGCAUGUAAACCUCCAGCAGAGACAAAGACUGUCAUUGGCAUGGUGGAUGCCCUUGGAGAGACAUGCUUCCGUCUUGCGGGAUUCGUGGAUUCGAUCCCUGUAAAGAUCGCAGGACAGACAUAUAAGCGUGAGAUCCAAACAUUGGCGAACGACAUCUUCCUAGCGACUGCAGGACUCAUGAACGAAUUUUUGGACAACAAGAUCGAGAGGGUGGCUCAGAUCCAGCAACGAAAACUGAGCACUCAGGGCGCAGUUCAUGGCUUGAGUAAAGGCACCAAAGAUGAGGUAUCAUCUUCAGAAAGCGGAUCGUCAAAGAAUGACGGAUACUUGGUCAAAACAGGAAUUGUGUGGGAGGCAUGUGAAAUCUUUGAGCAGGCAAGCCGAUCGAAUAGACAAGCAGUGGCUAAGAAGUGGGGCGAUAUGAUGUUGACAAUGGAGGAUGCGAUCGCAGAGGUCAAGGAGAUGAUCGAAUCCAACGACGACAGGAAGGAUCGGAAUAUUGAGAACGAUGAGGACGAGGAUGAUAGUGGGAACGAGAGCGACGAUAGUUGGAAUGGCGACGAAAAGAUGACGGAAGAGGAGAAGCAAUUGAGCAUUCGCGCAAACACCUUGUUGAAGUUGACAAGGCUGUUGUUCAAGAAACUGCAGCAGCGGUGCCUCGACACACAGCCAUCCUUCACUGUUGCCACCUCUUCGUCAUCGUCAGAUUCUACAAUAGCAACAGCAUCUGUCGCAACACCCUCAACAAAUGCGCUCAAGCCAUCAGAUCUUGCUAGGAUGUGGGACCAGCUGUAUGACCGCACUGGAGGGAUUGUGGCCCUGGCAGAUGAGAUUGCGACCUCGCUUUACAGUCCACAGGACCAGUCUGCUAUCACUGCGCUGUUGCAGGAGCUGAACCGCAAGAAUCACGAUUGCAUCCUUGUUGGACGAUUGUUUGUUCGUGGUCAGGCGGAGCAUGAGAAAUGGCUGGAUAUGUGCGAGGCUCAAGCAAAGAAAAUCCUGGACACUCUUCAUUAG